CAGACUGAUGUGUUCACAGUGAAGCGUAGAAUUACAUAUGAGUUUUAAGAGUGGAGUAUCAGUGAAGACAAGAGACUAAAGACAGACGGAGCUUCCACCUUCCAGAGAAAAAUGAGUGAUUUUGAUGAUAAAUCUGAGUCUCCGGGAUCCAGCUCUCUGGCAACGAAGAGUGACUGGUCAGAAACCAAACCUCCAGACUUCAGUACUGAACCUGGAUCCUUAGACAUAAAACUCCAAAACUGUGGGCUCACAGAGACUCUAUGUGAGGUUCUGGUCUCAGCUCUGGAGUCCAACCCCUCCCACCUCAGAGAGCUGGACCUGAGCUUCAACGUUGACCUGAAGGAUUCAGGAGUGAAGCUUCUGUGUGGCUAUCUGAAGAAUCCAGACUGCAGACUGGAGACACUGGGGUUGGCUGACUGCGAUUUGUCAGAGAUCAGCUGUUCUUCUUUGGCGUCAGCUCUGACGUCCAACCCCUCCCAUCUAAGAGACCUGGAGCUAAGCGUCAACGAGCUGCAGGAUUCAGGAGUGAAGCUGCUUUGUAAUUAUCUGGAGAAUCCAAACUGCCGGCUGCAGGCUCUGAGAUUGACAUAUUGCAGUUUGUCAUGGGUCAGUUGUGCAUAUCUGGCGUCAGCUCUGAAGUCCAACCCCUCCUAUCUGAGAACUCUGCAGCUGAAUGACAACAACCUGCAAGAUUCAGGAGUACAACAGCUGAGUGAUUAUCUAAAGAGCCCACUCUGCAGACUGGAGAGGCUGAGAUUGUGGGACAACAGUUUGACAGAGUGGAGCUGUUCUUUUCUGGCCUCAGCCCUGAAGUCCAACCCCUCCCAUCUGAGAGAGCUGCAGCUGGGAAGAAAUGACCUGCAGGAUUCAGGAUUAAAGCUUCUCUGUGCUGUACUGGAGGAUCCAAACUGUCAGCUGGAGUUUCUGGGAUUGAGUUGGUGCAGUCUAUCAGAGAUGAGCUGUGCUUCCUUGGCCUCAGCUCUGAAGUCAAACCCCACUUAUCUGAGAGAGCUGGACUUUAGUUACAAUGAAUUCCAGGAAUCAGGAGUGAAGCUGCUGUCUGGUCUUGUUGAGAAUCCAAACUACAGACUGGAGACUUUAAAGGCUGAAUUUUUCAUUCCACAUCCAAUGUUGUCAUUGCCCAAUAUCCUGAGUGUAACCAGUUUUGAUGACUGGGGAGGCAGUCAGAAUUAGACUGAAAAUCAUUUAAAGUGGGUUAUUUGAAACACAAUGUCCUGAAACACACUUUUUUUCUUGAGAGUUUUUAAUGUCAAUCAGAUUUAAGUCCUGAAUUAGACUAAACCACUCCGAAACCUUCAUUUAGUUUUUCUUUUUUUUUUUUCUUUUUUCUAUUCAGAGGUGGACUUGCCGAUGUGUUUGGGAUCAUUGUCCUGCUCCAUAACCCAAGUAUGCUUGAGCUUGAGGUCAUGGACUGAUUGGUAGACAUUUGCACACUCUCAGUUUUAGCUAGCCACAAUUUUGAUGUCCGGAAAUCCUGUUUAAUAUAAUCAAGGUUUUUUUUUAUUUAACCUUUAUUUAACCAGAUGAAAAAACCCACUGAGAUCGAGAUCUCUUUUACAAGAGUGACCUGGCCAAGAGGUCAGCAGCACACGUCAUAAUAAAUACAUCUCAAUGACAGAUUACAAAAAUAAGUUAAAGCAGAUUUACAAUCCUUUGAAAUGUAAAAGUAAACUGGGAUUCUUACUUACAAGCACUUGUCCUCAGGUGAAAGCAGACAUUAACAAAGUUUGCAGUUUCAUAUAAAAAGGCAGAAAGCUUAAUAAUGGAUGAGACAAAACACAUGCUCUGUUCUCAUGCUUUAUCAACCUAAUCACAGUCAGCUCUCCUAAAGGACUUCUACCUGCACAAAUUAAACAGCACAUUACAGAGAAAUCACACUGUUAGAAACAUCAGGGCUUAAAUCCUUUUGUUAUUAGUCCAUUUAAGAAGAUCAACUCUUUCAUGGUCUUAUUGUAGAUAAUUUUAGCUAGAUUCAUUCUUAAAAGCGCUGUAUUUAUAUAAAAAUAGACAUCAAUUUAAUGUUAAAAAUUAUUUAUCCUUGUUUAUUUAAAUAAUAGAUUAUUUGAAUGUGUACAGUUAAGUUAACACGUGGGAAAAAUGUAAUCAGCUGAUUUAAU